GACUUUCAGGACUUUGGAAAGGAGACUAAGGAAACAACUCCACCAGUUUCCAAAUAAGAAGUGUCAGAUUCAGUUCAAGAAGGUGAAACCUCUUCGCGAAAAGUUUGCCCAGGGCUUUUAACUGUUUCCCAGCAGCACUUCAUCACCCCACGUGGCCAUUACCCCGUCGGUUAUGAUGUAUCAGGAACAGCCGAUGCCAGCAUCCACGCCGACUACCCUAGGUUUUGGCAGCAUAAUAGGUUAUGACUAUGCAGGAACUCCUAUAAAAAUUCCUUCGACUUUGGCCACACCAGGAUUAGGGCAUUGGAGGCCAUGGUUCCUGGAGAAAGAAGACCCAGAACCAUAUACCAAGGAGAAAGACCAAUCAGAUGAUGCGUCCGCAGAGGCGAAAAAGAAUCUGAAUCCUGACAAAGUCAAAGAACCCGAAAAGUCACCCAUGUCAAGCGAUGACGGCUCCGUAAUCGGUGCCGCCACAGAAUCAGAGCCACAGGUGGCCAGCUGCAAUGAGAACUUCACAGCCACCUUGGCAUCGAUUACGGUGCCGGUGCUCCAAGCGAAAGCUGAAACAGACAAAAAGUCGGUGGAGCUGAAGGACAAACAAGAGGCUAUAGACUCCUUCACAUGGCUGCUCGUGAACUGUAAUGUGCCGUCGAACGCCAGCUGGGAGCAGUGUGUUAAGAUCAUCUCGAAAGAUCCGCGCUAUGUGAAGUUCAAGUAUCUCAAUGGACGCAAGCAGAUCUUCAGUGAUUAUAAAAUGCGACAGCGGGGGGAAGAGCUGGUGCAGUUUCUCAUGUCCAAGAUAAACUCGAGGUUUGAGUACUUUCGUUGCGAAGCGUCAUUUGGCGAAACUGAAACAUGGUCAGUGGUGCCCGAACCGAAACGCCGGGACAUAUACGAAAGUUGCAUAUUUCAUCUAGCCAAACGGGAGAGGGAAGAGGCGCGGAUCAUUCAACAGAUACUCAAGGAAAGAUCCUAUGAGGUCCAGCCGAGUACAUCCUACGAUGACUUUGCCAAGAUUGUGUUUGCGCGUAAGCGAUCGUCUGGCAUGGAUGCGAACAAUGUGAGGCUCAUCUACGAUUCUCUGCUGGAGAAGGCGAAGGUGGCUAAGAGUGAGCGGAUAAAGGAAGUAAGACGGUUGCGGAAGUUUGAGUAUGAGAUCAAGGACAAGUGGCUGAAGGCCGACGUCUCCGUAGCAGGUCCCUAUAAUGAGGCCAAGAAAAUUGUGGAACAUAUGAAAGCAUUUGACGUGUACGAAAAGGAAAUCGGAGUGCAGAAGAUCUGGCAGGACUUUAUCAAGGAAAGCGAAGAUGCAGUAAUGCAGAAGUUUAGCCAUCACUACUUACGGUCGCGUGAAUCGAAUAAGAACAAGGACAAAAAUCAAGAGGGUUCUACUUCGAGAUCAGAUAUUGAGAAGGAGCAGGUAAAAGAGGAGAAGUCCAAGCGAAAAAGUGAAAAGUCACAAUCGGAUAGAGGUCCGCCGGCCGCAGUUAAAGAGAAUCCGCAGAAUGAUUCAAACUCAAAUUCACCGGCUAAGAAACAAAAGAAGAAUUUUAGCAAGGAGCUGGUUACAAACUCAACGAGUGGCAGUAAGACUACUGCAGAGUAA